AUGUAUAAUCGAACAAACUAUAUCAUUAUUAUAACAUGGGUUAUUUUAUUAAAUUUCAUUCAGGCACGUUCAUAUCAUUCUUUUGCCGAUUUUAUAGCUGAAGAAGCAUCGAACACCACAACGAUUAAAUCAAUAACUAUGAAUAGUACAAGUAAUGAAGUGCAGAUGAAUGAUUCAAUCAGCUGGAGAAUUUGGUUGUUUAUGCCAUGUAUUAUUCUAUUGUGUAUAUGUAUUUUUAAUUGUAUUUAUCGGAUGAAAUGUAUCAAAGAUGAUGAUGACGGAUAUCAAUGUUUUUGUGGUGAAGUACCAGAUUCGAAAUCAUCGUUGAAUGUUACUCAUAAUAAGUUAUGUGGAAUGGAAUUUUCUUGCCAAUGUUGUCCAACAUCGACAGAUGAAUAG